AUUUUUUCAAAAAAAAUGAGUGAAUAAGUGGAAAAAAUCUGCAAAAAUCAACUUUAGGGGACUGCAACAUGAAGCAACACAAAACCGGCGAUAAUGCCCGACCUUUUAAAUUAGCCCAUCAAAUCCUCAGUCUAACUGGGAUAAGUUUCGAAAGAAAGAGUAUUAUAGGCUUCGUUGAACUUACAGUAGUACCAAUCAAAGACACCUUAAGAGUAAUCAAAAUCAAUUCCAAACAAAGCAGGAUCUACAAGGUACUAUUGAACGAUCAAUAUGAGGCCCAUUUUCAGUAUUUUGACCCAUUUUUGGAUGUGUGUCAAGGUGAUACAGACACUCGCAGCCUAGAACAAUUCUCAAUAAACCACUACAAUUCAGCACUAAAAACAGACCCAGAUAACAGUGCUGGAGAGCUAGUGAUCACAAUACCACCGGAAGCAAUACAUUUAGUAGCAGAAGGCACCGCUUUAAGGGUGGGAAUUGAAUUUUCCCUGGAACAACCUCAGGGUGGCAUCCAUUUUGUUGUGCCCCAAAAGGAGGGCACUUAUGCAGAAAGGGGGGUUCAUAUGUUCACUUACGGGCACCAAAACUCUUCGCGGUUAUGGUUUCCUUGCGUGGACAGUUUCGCCGAGACUUGCACUUGGAAGUUGGAGUUUACGGUGGACAAGGAUAUGACCGCUAUAUCUAACGGGGAUUUGAUCGAGGUGGUGUUUACUCCUGACAUGCGAAGGAAAACUUACCAUUACACUUUGAAUGUGCCCACUUCGGCCCCGAAUAUUUCCUUAGCGGUGGGGCCUUUUGAGAUUUUCGUGGACCCAUAUAUGCAUGAGGUGACCCACUUUUGUUUGCCCGGCAUGUUGCCUUUGUUAAAAGUAACCACCAGAUAUAUGCAUGAAGCUUUUGAGUUUUACGAAGAAACUUUAUCAAACCGCUACCCAUAUUCUUGCUAUAAGCAAGUGUUUGUUGACGAGGCAUAUGAAGAUUAUCACUCUUAUGCCACCAUGAGCAUCUUGAGUGUUAAUUUGCUGCAUUCUGCUGUCAUUAUUGAUCAGGUAUAUAUUACUAGGAAAGCCAUGGCCCAGGCCAUAGCAGAACAAUUCUUUGGCUGUUUUAUUGCCAUGCAAAGCUGGUCCGAUAUGUGGCUCAAUAAGGGAAUCAGCCAGUACCUGUGCGGUUUAUAUUGCAAAAAAAGCUUCGGAAAUAACGAAUAUCGCGAGAUGAUUCACAGCAUGUUACAGGACAUCGUUAAAUACGAGGAGGAGUAUGGGGGAAUCAUUUUAGAUCCAAGUCAGCCGCCCGCCCCUUUAACUGUCGGUGGAAACCCCGCGCAAACGACCCAAAGUAAAAACGAGGAAAAGUUUUAUUUUUCCAUCAGGAAUCUACACACCAUGUCCCCCAUGUAUAUUGAAACUUUACAUAAGAAAGCGAUGCUGGUCAUGCGAAUGUUGGAGCAUAGGAUCGGGCUGGAGUUAUUGUUGCAAGUAUUUAAUAAGCAACUCUCGUUAGCCACAAACGCAGCCUCCCAAAAGAUCGGCAGCGGCCUAUGGGGCCACAUGUUAAUCAGCACAAACGUCUUCACGAAAGCGAUCUUCACCGUAACCGGUAAGGAUAUGGCCGUUUUUAUUGACCAAUGGGUACGGACGGGGGGACACGCUAAAUUCCACUUGACGUCCGUUUUUAAUAGAAAAAGGAACACUAUCGAGCUGGAAAUAAGACAAGACGCGACGUCACAGUUGGGCAUAAGAAAGUACGUGGGGCCGCUGUUGGUUACUCUGCAAGAGCUAGACGGCACCUUCAAGCAUAAUUUACAAAUCGAGAAUAUCGUGGUGAAGCACGAUAUCACUUGUCAUUCGAAGAGUCGCAGGAAUAAGAAGAAGAAGAUUCCGUUGUGUACUGGGGAGGAGGUCGAUAUGGAUUUGAGUGUAAUGGAUGAUUCUCCAGUUUUAUGGAUCAGACUGGACCCGGAAAUGACCAUUUUAAGGUCCGUGGUGAUCGAACAACCGGACUAUCAGUGGCAAUAUCAGUUGCGGCACGAGAGGGACGUCACUGCCCAAAUUGAGGCCAUUUAUGCUUUAGAAAGGUAUCCCACACCUGCUACCCGAUUAGCACUCACCGACACCAUUGAAAACGAACAGUGUUAUUACAAGGUGCGGUGUAAGGCCGCCCAUUGUUUAACUAAGGUAGCAAACGCAAUGGUGGCAAACUGGGCAGGCCCUCCUGCCAUGUUGGCAAUUUUCCGAAAAUUCUUCGGAUCCUUUGCCGCCCCGCACAUCAUCAAACAAAACAAUUUCCAGAACUUUCAGCACUACUACAUCCAGAAGAAUAUUCCUUUGGCAAUGGCCGGAUUACGUAACAAUCAUGGAAUUUGUCCUCCCGAGGUCGUGAGGUUCCUGCUGGACCUCUUCAAGUACAACGAUAAUUCGAAAAAUCGCUUUUCCGAUAAUUAUUAUCGGGCGGCCCUCAUUCAGUCCUUGGGUAACACCAUUACCCCGGUGGUGUCGGUGGUGUCCCAGGGGGCUCCCAUAACCGCGGAAAACCUAAGUGCGGACACAAAAUUAAUUUUAGAAGAGAUCACGCGACUAUUGAACCUGGAGAAGGCCCUACCGUGCUACAAAUACACCGUUUCCAUCGAAUGUCUUAAGGCGAUCAGGAAAUUGCAGUGUUACGGCCAUUUGCCGAGCAGGGCCACUUUAUUCAAAUUUUACGCCCAGUACGGACAUUUUAUCGAUGUGAGGAUCGCGGCUCUGGAAUGUCUAGUGGAGUUCGUAAAAGCCGACGGGAAAACGGACGAUUUGAAGUGCGUCCUGGAUAUUGUAGAAACGGACUGUGAUCCUGGAUUGAAGCAUAAGUUGCUCCAGAUUUUAGUGCGGGAUCCGCCGUUUAAGAGGGCGCACCGGUCGAAAUUGGACACGCCCGAACUGGUGGAGCGGAUAUGGAAUAAUGCCAACGCCACCCUCCCGCACGACAGCCGUCUACGUUGCGACUGGGUGGACCUCUACUACACCCUCUACGGUAACAGACGGCCGGUGUGCAUCCCUCUGCCGGAACUCUCCGGCCUAGUAAACCUCGCCAAACCGGACAUCAAGAAAAUCAAGACGGCCAUACCGAAACUCGCACAUGCCGACAACAGCGCGACAGUGGCGGCGGCAGAGAUCAAACGAGAACCGCCGUCGAAGGUUCCGGAAGCCACGGAGGUGGCGCCCUCGAACGUCAUCGUUGACGCUAACGCGGAGUGUAUGAACGUUGAUGACGUCAUUGAUUUGGUGGAGGCGGAUGUUAAGGUGGAGCCUAAGUCGGAGCCUAUGGACGUGGUUUCAAUAGGGGAAAACGUGAUAAAACAAGAGCCUAAACAGGAAUACUUCUCGGAUAAUUCGGUGUCGUUGCCCGGUAUGGGUCAGGCCGGACCCAUAGGGUUCGAACCCGGGAUGUUUAAGAAGGAAGAGGGUCCGGGAAGUGUCGGGAGUAUCGCAGGCGGGAAGCAUAAGGAUAAAGACAAAAGUGACCCGUCGGGAAUUAAGUUGAAGAAGAAGAAAAAGGACAAAAAGAAACACAAGCACAAACACAAACACCACAAGCACAAGAAAGAGAAGGACCCGAACAAUAGGGCGAAAGUGAAGGAGGAAGUCACUCCGUCGACCACGCCCACUUUCGUUAAGGAGGAGACGUUGAGCUCGACUGACUCCACCGCCAGCCCCAAUCCUGGAAGUGUCGGCGAAACGGUUCCGUUUGUAUAAAGGCAUUCGACGUCAUUUUUACGAUCCUAAAGGUCGUUUUUGUUCCAGGCUUUUAAAGACGUUUCCUGUCUAAUUCCAGGGAUUAAAUCAUGUCAUCCUUGCCUUGCAACCAUUUUUUCAAGGUUAAGCUGAUUUUUAAAACACGAAAAUUGUCACUUUUUUUGUAGGGGUCAAGGUCAAAAGAAAGUCAAAGAUCAAAGGCCUAAAUAAAUCGACUUUCUUCGAGUAGAA